ACUUGUCUAACACAGAGCAGAAGUACCAUUAGUUGGUUUAUGAUACAACUCCGUUUUUCUUAAUUCCCGCGAAGUUUGUCUUCCUCAUCCACUCCCUGACAAUGGCCACCAUUCCAUGUUCUUCUUCUUCAUCGUGGAACCUCAAGAAUUUCUCAUUUCGAUCUCUUGCUCAUUUUUACCCAAGCUCUAAACAUUUGAGGUUUACCCCCAAUAGCCAAGUCGUGCCUUCGCAUUGCUCUUCAAAAAGAUUGUCUUUUUAUGUGAGAGCCGAGCAUAGAGAAGAACCCACUCCGGCGGCUGUGGCUAAGGAAGAGUCUGGAAAUGAGGAAAUCGUGAAGAGAGAGUUGCAGUUGGACAAGGAAGUAUCUGAAACUGAAAAGAUUGAGAUAGAGAAACAGCAAGAAGUGGACUGGAAGAACGACAAGGAGUUCAAGAACUUUAUGGGUAAUCCUUCAAUUGAGGCUGCUAUAAAGCUGGAGAAAAAGAGGGCAGAUAGGAGGUUGAAGGAGCUCGAUAGAGAGUCCAGUAGCAACCCAGUUGUGGGCUUGAUCAAUAGACUGCUCCGUGACAAUUUGUCCAGAGAGAAAGAGAGGUUGGAGAAAGCAGAGGAAGCUUUCAAGGCUCUUGAUCUUAAGAAGUUAAAGAGCUGCUUUGGGUUUGAUACAUUUUUCGCGACAGAUGUUAGGAGAUUUGGAGAUGGAGGGAUCUUUAUAGGAAAUUUGAGGAAACCGAUUGAAGAAGUAAUACCCAAGCUAGAAGAGAAGCUAUCAGAAGCUGCUGGAAGGGAUGUUGUUUUGUGGUUCAUGGAGGAAAAAACAAAUGAUAUUACAAAACAGGCGUGUGUGGUGCAACCUAAGUCAGAGAUGGAUCUUCAAUUCGAGUCUACCAAAUUAAGCACUCCUUGGGGUUAUGCUAGUGCGAUAGCCCUAUGCGUUACGACUUUUGGGACUAUAGCUUUGACAAGUGGAUUUUUCCUCAAGCCAGAUGCCACGGUUGAUGACUACUUGGCUAAUGUGGUUCCACUCUUCGCGGGCUUCUUGACCAUACUAGGAAUUUCUGAGAUAGCAACAAGAGUGGUAGCAGCUCAGUAUGGUGUCAAACUUAGUCCAUCCUUUCUUGUUCCAUCAAACUGGACAGGAUGCCUCGGCGUUAUGAACAAUUACGAGUCUCUCCUCCCAAAUAAGAAGGCCUUAUUUGACAUUCCUGUUGCUAGGACCGCUUCUGCAUACAUAUCAUCACUACUACUCGUAGUUGCUGCUUUUAUUUCCGAUGGAAGCUUCAAUGGCGGUGACAAUGCACUGUACAUACGACCUCAGUUCUUCGAGAACAAUCCUCUGUUCUCUUUUAUCCAAUACGUUAUUGGGCCAUAUGCUGAUGAUUUGGGAAAUGUGCUUCCUUAUGCAGUUGAGGGUGUGGGAGUCCCAGUUGAUCCCCUUGCUUUUGCUGGUCUCUUAGGAAUGGUCGUUACGUCUUUGAAUCUGCUACCGUGUGGAAGACUUGAGGGGGGCCGAAUAGCUCAGGCGGUGUUUGGCAGAAGCACUGCUACAUUGUUGUCCUUUGCAACUUCACUCCUCCUGGGAAUUGGCGGCAUAAGCGGAAGCACCGUAUGUCUGGCUUGGGGUCUCUUUGCAACCUUCUUCCGGGGCGGAGAAGAGAUUCCGGCACAAGAUGAGAUAACUCCGUUAGGAAAUGAGAGGUUUGCUUGGGGUUGUGUACUAUUUUUGGUGUGUUUCCUUACUCUUUUCCCCAACGUGGGAGGUACAUUCUCUAGUUCUUAUUUUGGGUCUCCAUACUUCAGGGGAGACUUGUAAAUAUGAAGUUGAGUACUUGAGUGUAAUCAUUUGAUGUUUACGUUAUGGUAUGUGUAUAGUAAUUUUACUUGCGGCAAUUUUGUAGUACUAAAAUCUUUUUUUACUACACUGAAGAAUCAUUGGAAUAGACUGGAAAUUUUAAUAAGGUGAUCGCAACAUGGGAAAAAUAGUUCACA